UAUUAAGUAGACAAAAGUGGCGUCAAAUGGUUCGUGCAAAGAAACUCGUCGCUUUGUUGUCCGUUCUCUUUAAUUUAGCUGAUGUUUUUUUGUGCGACUCAAUUUUAAUUUCAUAUUCUUAUUCAAUCAAAUUACUUAAAUGAUUUUUAACUCUGUGUGUGUCUGUCCUUCUAGUGAUAAAGAAAGUGAUUUGUGACAUUUUUAUUUAGAAAUCUUAUAACUACGUGUUCUAGAGGUUUGACUGAAUAAUUAAUAAUUAUGUUGAUUAUUUUGAGAACGAGAGUCUUAAUCAGUCCCCAUACUGUUGAAACUCCAAUAUAUCGAAUUUGGAGCCCGAUUGUGUCAAAAAUAACAAAUAAAGCGUAUUUACACAAUAAUGCUUCCCCAACAAUUGACCCCAAAGAUUUAUUUCAAGCAAAUCCGAGAAUAUUGAAAACAUACUGGGAUCCCAAAGGACCAUUUAAAAUUAUCCAUGAUUUUAACUGUAUUCGAUUGCCUUAUUUAAAAGAUAGCAUUGCUGAUAGACCUGGUGAAAAAUUGUCUACUUGUCUAAGAGGGAAGAAAAUCCUCGACGUUGGAUGUGCAGGAGGCAUGCUCUCAGAGGGUUUGGCUAUGUUCGGCGCCGAAGUCACAGGAAUAGACGCAAGCAAAGAAUUGAUCGAAGUGGCCAAAAGCCAUAGCUCCAAGGACAAUCGCUUGGCCAAUAAGAUGCCCACGUAUAUUUUAUCUACGAUUGAGGAACACUGCAAUGAAUUCGCCGACUCCUACGAUGCUCUCAUAGCCUCUGAAAUAAUAGACCACGUCAAUGAAAAGGAAUUGUUCGUAGAAUCCUGCGUGCGCGUCACAAAGCCGGGCGGAAAGCUAUACUUUACGGCGCCAAACAAGACGCGGUUUGCCCAAUUCUAUAUGAUAUUUAUGUUUGAAAAUGUUUUGAAAUGUUUCCCGAAGAAUGGUCAUCAAUACGAAAAGUUUGUCGGAGUAAGUCAACUACAACAUAUGCUAGAAAUGAAUGACUGCCACGUGGUAUCCACAAGAGGUUCCUUUUACUACCCAUGGAGCCAAACUUGGGCGUGGACUCAUACCAAAAUGUUAAGCUAUGCUCUUGAGGCUGUUAAAUCUUCUUAAAUAAACCUCUCUCUCUCUAAACUAAAACUUCAAUAAAAAUCUUUUUUUUUUGUUCA